AAGACGCAAAUCGGACACUUCCCCGAUCACAACUCCCGCUCCCAUCUGGAUUUCGCACAAGUAUCCCAGGAGUGUUCAACCACCCGUCUCUAAUGCAACAGAAGUAUCCACUCAGCAGGAAGCCUUAGUUCAUCAUGUACGGCUCCUCGCCCCACCCAUUUCAAAUCAAUCAGCCCGCAUAUGCCUACGGCGCCAAUGCGACCCCCGGAUCGUUAAACCCCCAGCGCCAGACUUUCCCACAGCAGCAACUGCAGGCCCAACAGCAGCAGCAACAAAACCUGCAGCAAUCCAUAUACCAACGGCAAUCACAGUUCCCUCAACAGAAUCUGGGUGGGGCCGGGUACUUCAAUAGCCCUGCCCUAGGCGCUCAGAAUGCGCCCUCGCCAGCGUACCACACGCCGUAUGAGUCUUUGUCCCCAAGGCAAUCAACCUACCUCGGCGCCAUCCCGCCGUACCGCCCGGACAACGGAAUCCCAGCGCAGUCCCCGUACCAGCAACAACAACAACAACAGCAGCAAAACGGUACACGUCCAACCAGUGCGCAGGGGUUCACGCCCGGAUCGCCGACACAGAGACACGCGAGUAUGUUUAUGAACGGGCUCCAGAACGGGGGUGGUGGUGGUAACAGCGGCGGUAGUGGGGGUGGAGGAGCAUCAGCCGCCACGUCUCCUCAGAAGGAGGGGCAGCCAACAGAAGACCAGUUCGUGCCCUCGUUCUUAACCGAUGCGUUACUGGGCGGCCGCCGGAACGCCGGCCGCUCGUCACCGAAACAGAGCCCGGGGGCGAUACCGCAUUCUCCGACGUCGCCGCAUUCGCCGUCCGCGCGAAGGAGGAGGUCUACGUCGUCGAUGAAUUCUUCGGGGUCGGGCGUGAAACGGGGCUCGUCGCUGUAUGGGGAUGAGUAUAGUGGGUAUGGGUCUAGCCCGUCGUCCGUGCGGUCGCAUCGGAACGGUGGGUCAGUGGACGAUGAUCUGCCGCCGGUCAUGUCGCUGUUUGCUGAUGGGGACCAUUUUGAACUUGGCCCGGGGGAUUUUGGGAGUUAUGGGUACGGUGCGGGUGGAGGGGAUGGGUAUGGGAGUUAUGGGGCGGAGUCAGCGGGUCGAUCGCCUUCACACAGACGGACGUCUGUCACGUCUGUGAAUUCGGAGACGGGCAGUGUAGGUACAGCGGCUGGAGGACGAUCUCCCUUGCGUCAUUCCCCAGCCUCAGUCAACACCGCCAACGGCAGCACAACCACGGCAAGCAGCGCACCCGAAACGCCCUCCCCUUCCCCACCCAACCUAACAGUAACCAUCUCCGGCCCCGACGAAACCGCCCGCGACCGCCUCAUCGACGACAUCAGCAAAAAAGCCAAAAUCACUUACCAGAAAAAGGGCAAGAACUGGGUCGUGCUCCGGUUUGCGGAACUCCAGUCUGUCCGCGAGGCCCUGAUACUCGACGGACGGCUGUGGCAGGGGUACUUGCUCACCGUCAAGAGCGGGGACACGACCUUGGCGCCUGCUGCCCAUGUCGCGACGCCCUCCGCGCCCUCGACGCCGACGAGGGCGCCUAUCUCGCCGAUCGAUAUACCGCGCCGAGGCCGGCAGCUGUCGGGUCUGGGCCUGACGUCCUCGCCUAGCCCGAGCGGUCGGUCGAGCGAGACGGGCGGGUAUUUCCCGGCGAACGGGGCUGGUAAAAAUUCGGAGGAGUCGAGAACAGCGGAAGGAGGAAAGGCGGAAACGAAACCCACCAACCCGGCGUCUAACCCGUUCGCUCCUCCAUCGUCGUCGUCAGCCAAACCAACCAAUGGCGAGGCGUCUGCGUCAUCAUCGUCUGCCACCGCGCACCGUAACGGCGAGAAUAAGAACACCACCAAAAAUGAGAAAAACGCCCCGUCACCGCCCGCAACCAACAAACGUCCCCGCACCGACCCCGACGACGACGACGACGCGGGUAGCGGGACACUUUUCCCUCCCACCCACGCGCGGCGCACAGAUACGGCGGAUCUUGGAACGAUGAAGGGUGCAAAGACGUUGUGGACCAAGAGCGGGGGUGCGAAGAAGGCGAGUGGAUAUUUGGGUGGUGAUGAUGAAGCGGCUGGGAAGUGGCUCGGGAUGGGGGUUGGAGAGAAGGGACCGCUCUCAUUCGGCAGCGGUUUUGGAGGCGGCUGGUGGCGGAUCGAGAACGGUGGAGGUUCACGGAGGAUUGCACAAUCGUCAAGCCCGGGAUAUGGAGGGUCGCUCUGAAUCGUUACGUGGAGGGAAAAUGCUCUUCUCUCUUUAUUUAAAAUAUUACUGGAAAUGCUCACAUUUACAUCGCGCAAGGGAUAUCACAAACGGUGGAGGAAUAUAUCUACGUGUCGUAUCGUCCCCACAUGCAUUCUUUAUCCUCCCGCCCA